AUGGGUGUGGUGACGGAGCGUGGGACCAUGGGCGUGAACGUGGAUAUCGACGUCAAACAUGGUUCAAGGUCAAUCUUCUCCACCACCAUUACAGACCACAGACACACAGCUGCAAAUACUCUGUUUUCUACAGAUGUACGGAUACGCCGUGGCGUACAAGUGUAUGGAUAUGGAUACCACAGAGCAGAGCCGUCAAUCUUGCGUGAUAACGCAGAGGCGCACCAAACACGCCAAUCCUCUAGCACCGGGGCCGAGAAACACCACUACGGUCACUACGCUCCAAGCAAGGAACCGGCGACGAGUCGACUACGGGCCCGUGGAGCCUCCCGGUCUGCUCGUUGCCGUUUCUGUUGCUGUGUUUUCCUGGGAUCUGCUUUCCUCCGCUCGAUUCUCAGCUGUAGCUUCUCCAGUUCUUUCUCCCUUCUCCGUCUUGUGUUUUUCGCCAUUCAUUACGUCCCGUCUCUCCGCUCCUUCCGCCUGCUUUCCAAGCUUCUCGACUCCAUUGAUCAUCCCCUCCUCGCCCUCCUCCUCUUCCUUGACCUCCUCCCACCCUCCAAACCAACUUCAACUAGCUUUCCAACUUCCUCACAUAAUGGCGCCUACUUUCCACGAGUGCUACCGCCGUGA